AUGGCUAUCCGGCCAAAGAAUGUACAAAUGGAUAGGGAUCAACACACAGAAGAGCGCGGUGCAUCUGCACAAGUGAGACAGUUCGGUGGUGUACGGCCGCGGGGGUUGAGUGGAAGUUCCCCUCCCCCAUCUCGACAGUCAAGUCCCAGUCGUGCGGCAUCACCCAUCAGUUGGUCUGCGGGCAGCAGUGCAACGCAUAUUGUUCAGUCAACAUAUGGACGAAAGGAGAAACGUCUUCUUGCCUUAUUACCACCACCAAGGGAAGAAGAAGAAGAGAAAUUGAGAAUGACCAAACCACAUCGUGAUUCUGCAGUAAAGAGUAAGAAUGAGAAUGAUAUGUUAAACAAGGAAAAUAAUCUUGAUAGAAGCAAUGAUGAAGGGGCAGAUGCAGAGGAUGAUAAGAGUGUAUCUCAAAAUAGUCUUGGACCACAACCAUUGGAGGAGCAAUUAUGUUUAGACGAUUUACAACGACUCAUGUAUUUUUUCUCCAUGAAAUGUAACGUUUUUGAUGAUAAUAAGACUAUAUCAAAUGAUAGUCCUUUGAAAAAAAAACUCUCUUCUAAAACUAGUUUUAUGCGAUUUCCAAAGGUUAAUCGAUUAGGAGAGGAAACGGAAGGGAGAGGACAUUCAAGAGCAUCACGUCAUUCAGAAACUCCUCUAGUUGGUGAUAAGAAGAGUCCAAGAAAAAUGACAACGGAGCUUUAUGGUGUUCCCAAUGAAACAGAAGAAGAUAAUGAAAUUAAAAUAGAUAUGUAUCAGUUACUUAUGUCAUAUUCUACAAGAGGAAAAUCUUCUUCUGGUGAGUCUUAUACACGUGUAUUAACCGAAAAAGAAUUUGCUCAGGCUGUAAGAUAUGUUUUACCAGGUGCAACAGAUAGUGAAAUUAUGGAACUUAUGAAAAAAGUAGAUUAUGAAGCUAAAAAACGAAUAUCAUGGGAUGAUUUUGCAACUUAUUUACUUUCUAGAGGUCAACAUCGUUCUAAUCUUGUUCAAGGAACUAUUGCAGAACUUCUCUCUACACCUGAACCAAUAUCUUGUAUUCCAUCUAUGCGACAUGUAACAGGAACUUGUAUGGAGAUAAAUCCACGUCGUAAACUUCUCUUAACAGGAGGAUCUGAAGGAACAGUACGAGCAUGGAAUUUAAAAACGUUAUCUAGUUGUGGUAUUGUUUAUGCAGGUGAUUCUUGGGUUGUUGGUGUACAUUGGGCAGAUCAAAUUCAGUGUAUUUUUAUUGUUACUAUGGAUCGAAAGUUAAUUAUUUUGGAUUCCAAAACAUUAGAAGUAAAAAGACUUUACCGUGGAAGAGCCGUAGUGGAUACAGUAGAUGGAUAUAUGUACGCCCAUGAUAGUGUUCAUCAUGUUAAAAUUGGUGGAAAAAUAAAACCGAAAGGUCAACAUUAUAAUCCCAUGUACGAAAUUAAAAGUUUUAGUGGACUUGGUGGUAAUAGCAAUAGUACUACUGCUAAUGCUACUAAUACUAGUGUUAGGGGAAGUGUAGAUGGAGGACAAAUAUUACCACCUGUUAAACGACCAAAAGAAAAAAGAGGAAAAGAUUCACCUGAAGCUAUGAUAUCAUUAGCUACUCCUGGUACAGGACCGUAUGUUCAAUGUCGUGUAGAAGAAUGUAUUUUAGCUGGUCUUGUAGAUUCUAUAUCGUGUUCACUUUUUCAUCAUACUGCAUUACGUGAAGAUAUGAUAAUUUUAGCAACUGUAAUAGGUGAAGUUAGAUUUUAUGCAAUUCCAAAAACUUCAAAAAGAUUAGUAACUCCUCAUGCAGUAGUACGAUUACAUGAUAAACGUAUAAACAAGAUGAGUAUUAUGUAUGAUACCUAUUCUCUUUUAACUGCCUCAGAUGAUGGAACUGUAAAAAUGACAUCUUUAGAUACAGGAAUAUUAUUAAGAACCUUUACUUCUUCAGGACCAGAACAACAUUCAGCUGUACAUGAUUUUGCAGUUCAUUCACAAUUACGAUUUCUUGUAACAGUAGGUCCAGAAAGAUAUGGAAUGGUUUGGGAUUUUUCUCAUGAUGCCCCUAUGGCUGUAUUAGAUGCACAUAAUAGUCCAUGUCGUUCAUGUGCUGUUCAUUUAAAACAAAAUCAAAUAUUUACAUCUGGAACAGAUGGAAGUAUUUUUAUUUUUGAUACACAAGGAUUUCGUUUAAUACAAGUACUUCAUGUACCUAAUCUUAAUCCUCAACGAAUUAUGUUUGAUGAACCAAGAUUUAGGUUAUUAUGUUUGGCUUCAUAUCCAUAUUAUCAUGGACAACAACGUUAUGCUGUUUCUGCUUGUGCUAGUAAAUAUCAAGGUCAUAUGGUAUCUAUGGUAGGUGUUAUUUAUAAUAAAACAUAUGAUCUUAUUAUUACAAUUGAUGUAGAAGGACUUGUAAUGACAUGGAAACGUUCAGAUGGAUCUCCUGUAUUUACAUUUCAAUUAAAAGAAUUUUCAGAUUCUGCAGUAAUGAAUGCAGCUCGUUUAACAUGUUUCGCCCUUGAUGGAUUAGAACGUCGUUUACUUACUGGAUUUCAAAAUGGGGCAGUGGCGGUAUGGAAUGUAGUAAAUGGUCAAACCAUUAAUGUUAUUACUGCAGCUGCAGAAAGUUUUUCUACAACUACUAUGAAACCAGAAGUAACGGCAUUAGGAUCAUUAGCACGUGAUGGUAUUACUUUUUUUAUUUUUGCAGCAGGAGGACAAUUAUUUUUUACACGAGAAUCCAGUACAUUUACAAUAGCAAGUGCAUCUAAAUGGGAAGUUCCCGAAGAGUAUGGAGAAGUAUUAGCCAUGCGUUCUGUUUCUCCACAAAUUAUUGUUUGUGGAACUUCAUCUGGGGCUCUUUUCUUUUAUCAUGUGUUAGCAGAGCGACAGGAGGGAUCACCACUUUGGGUAGUAGAUGUAGUAGAACCCGUACGUCGGUCCAUUCAACAACCAACUUUAGAGAGUAGACGAAGUGAACAUCAAGGAAAUGUUCUUACAUCUCGUAUUAUUAAAAUAUUUCCUCUAGAAGAGGUUGGAGCUCAUAUUUUAAUGACAGUUCACUCUGAUGGAACUGUGGCAUUAUGGCAUACUUUACGUAAACUUCUUAUGGAAACUGUUAAUGUACGACGUGCUUUUCCAUCUAAAGAAGGGGAAUCAGGUUUAACGCAUGUAGUUUUGGAUAAGGGUAAUCAACACUUUGUUUUUGCGGAUGAUAGUGGUAAUAUUCAUGUUUGUAGUAUUCGUUUACGUGCAGUUCCUGAUGAAGGAUCUAUGCGUUUAUUAAGUCCACAAUCACAAGCAACUCGUGAAGGGAAGACGACAGUGUUUUGGCCAGGAUCACCUUUUGAUAGUCCAGAAUUUGCACAGUUCUUAGAUUCCAAACUUAACUCAAAGGAUGGGAAAGAAAAGAAAAAGAAGGAAUCUAAUGAACAACAACAACAACAACAACAAGGAUUGAUAGAUGAAGAGAAAACACCUUAUGUAUUCGCUGAAUUUACUAGAAAUUACGUCUUUCAUUCUGGACUUCCUUCUGUUUCUGGAGUCGCUAUUAUUGGUGAUCCCACACAAGCCGAUACUUCAGGUAUUAUAUCAACAAGGGAAUUUUCAGUUUCAGAGGAAUUAAAAGGGAAUGCAGCAUCAUUAUCACCUUCACCACCACCACUACCUUCACUAGCAGCAACAAGCAAACCAUCUGUUUUAAAAGAAGAAGAAGAAAAGGAAAGAGAAAAAGAAAAAGGAAAAGAAACAAAUGUGGAAAAGAAUGACAAUCAACAAACUGAAGUGAAAAUUGCUCUCCCAACUAAUGGCGGUAGUUUUAGUAGUAAUGUUCCAUUUGCCUUUGCUCCACCAACAAAAUAUGGUGGUUUAAUAGUAGUUUCAUCUGGUGCCGAUAACUUUACACGAGUGUUUUUGCUGGAUGGUACUAUCGUAGGUGAGUGUGGGAUGAACACAUGGAAACUAGGAACUCCGUCCACGUAUGAGUUUCUUGGUUUACGACCAACCAGACGUUUACCACCGCACUACUGUAAUGUUGAAAUUAUUGAUUUCCUUCAAGAUUCUCCCAAACCAGAGAGGAGUCUUAUACACAAUAGUAAACACAAUCGCUCUUUACGUGGUACGUUAAGAAUGAGUAAGGCACAUGGGGGAGAAGGAUCUGUGGUGCAUGAACCUUUAACGCGGCGAGUGUCAAGUAUUACAGAAUCCAACAAUGGUGUUCUUCUUCACAGUACUACUGGACACACAGAGAUUUUUCAAGGAGAACCGAGUAAUAUGCAGUCACUUGGUAUGGAAAUAUUAGAACGAAUAGAACAAAAACAUCAUGAAGAUAUUGAAAAAGGGAAAUCAAGAUUACUUCAAAUAAGUAAAUCACCUUUUCCGGAUGAAGGUGUAGCUCUGUCUACACGUAUACGUUCUCGCCGUUCACGAGAAGAAAACUUUAAAGGACUUGUAAAGAGUGAAUAUAUCUCAAAACUUCGUGGAAUACCUUUGGUAGAAACUGAAGAAGAUUCUACAACAGGAGAACUUUCUUCAGUUAUGUUAAGUGGUACCAAAUACUUUGCCCGAGGAGAACAAGGUAGUGAAUCAUCCGUUCCUCCUUUUACCCAAAGUAAUCAAAAUACAAUUAAAGCUACUAGUAGUGGUGUUGGUGGAGCUGGUAGUAGUAUUGUAGAAGGUACCUUUACCGCUACCGAAACACAGAAUUCUCCUCCUCCUCCUGUUACUAUUCUUCCAAGUAACUCCACUCAUGCUAACCGUACACCGCGAAUGCAGAUGGGACUCACGGGUUUAGCAACACCACCCACAGUCACCGCAGUGACAAAUGCAACUGUACCAACAACAGCAACAACAGCAGCAGCCACAACUACAACUACAUCCACAACCGCAGGAUUAGGAGGAGCUGGAACUGGAAGGAAAUUGACUGUAAUUUCAGUAAUGGAUAAGGAUGUUGUGCGGGCUCCCGCUACUUCUGUAGGCCGUACAAGUGUUGUAUUCAACAAUAGUACACCACUCACCGAAGGGGAAAUGUCACGUAAUGAGUUGAUCCAAGAACACAUGCGAUCACAACGCCGUAUGCUGAUUUCACUUGGUCGUGCCGAUUCUGUGCUUGAGGCCGCAUUGCCGAAUCACUCAACAGGGGGCCACUCAACGGGUAGUACGGCUUGGAGUACAAAUAGUAACACAGAGGAGGAGCGGACCAGGCGGGCCUCUCGCCGUGGGAAAGCUUCAUUUGUUGAAGAGGCACGUGGUCACGUUGCCCAGAUUACGGCACAAUUGCAAGUUGUACAUAUAGAGCCAAUGCUCCCGCCAAAGGGAACACGGGCACGUGAGGAACUUAAUGCAUGGUCGGAAAAGGUGAGUACAAUAAGUAGUCAAAAAGCCCGAACAGGGAAGUGA